CAGUUGUCUCUGUACGAAUGUACGAUAACAUUCUAUAAAGUUUUAUCAGUAACUUGUUGAGUAGGUAGAUAUUAUUGUUCUGUACUGUAGCGUGAAGUCAAACAAACAUGAUUAAGCAUAACUAUUAGCAUAUUGCUGGCGGCGUCAUUUUGUAAAGAUCAUAGUCUUUAAUUUAUAUAUCGCAUAGGUCCUAGACGACUGGAGUACUAGACGUACGUACCUACAACACUUAAUAGGUACUUAAUUUAUCAGAGCAAUAAUGGACAGCGAAACUAUAAUAGAAACAAUGAAAGAUAACAUCAAAAUUGUAAGACUGAAUAAACCUCGUAGAAAAAAUGCAAUAGAUCAACAAAUGUUUGCACGAUUAACAGCUAUAAUAAAUACGGCAGCCACUGAUGACAAUAUUUCAAUAGUUGUCUUAACCGGCACAGGAAGUUUUUAUAGCAGUGGUAACGAUCUGGUAGCACCUAGAGAUGCGGAUUUUUUGGAUAUUUUAGAUGAAUUUAUUAAAGCAUUCAUAACAUUCCCGAAACUGUUGAUAGCGAUUGUAAAUGGGCCGGCAGUUGGAGUAGCAGUUACGACUCUACCGCUGUGCGAUUUUGUUUUCGCGUCAGAAAAUGCUUACUUCUAUACACCGUUUACAAAAUUGAAUAUAGUGGCUGAAGGAUGUUCUACAUUUACAUUUCCUAGAUUAGUUGGCCAAAGAAAGGCUAUGGACUUGCUUAUGUUAAACUAUAAAAUGCCAGCCAAAGAAGCAGCAGAAUGUGGUCUAGUGAGCUACCUUUACAAACCAGAAGAGUUACAAAAUAAAGUGUGGGAUAAAAUAACGGAAAUUUCGGAAUUGGCAGAACACUCUGUACUGAUGACUAAAAGUUUAAUGAGAAGAACGUACACGGAAGAUCUAUUAAGAACUAACUCGAUUGAGAUAGAAGAGUUAAAGAAAAUUUCUAACCAAAGAAGCAAAUUAUGAAGUAAUUAUAGACUAUUCCUAAAAAUCAGAGAAAACAUAAGAAUACAGACUCAUUAAAUAAAAUGUGUACAAUCUAUUGGUAAAAGUAUAUUAUGUAAAAAUAUGGAUUGGUGAAACUUAUUAUAUUAUAAUUCAAUAUUUAAUAUAGGUAGGUAACAAUGUGGUUGCUUAUCAUAGAAGUUCAUUUGUUUUUGAGCAUAAGGCUUGAAAAGUUUAAAACGAAUUUACGUUUUAUUAUUUUAAUAAAAAAUUCAUACAAGGUAA